CUCUGCUGCUGAGCCCGGCCGCUCUCUCGCUCUGCCAUCGAAGCAUCCCCUGCCACGCGCUCAUAACCCCCUCCCACACACCGCACUGCGCUGCACCGCACCAUGUCCUCUGCAAAGCCCGAGGUCGCCGCCCCAAAGCCGAAGCAGAAGAGCGUCGCCACCCACCUGCUGGCUGGCGGUAUCGCUGGUUCGGCCGAGGCGCUCAUUUGCCAUCCCCUCGACACCAUCAAGGUCCGGCUGCAGCUGAGAGGCGAGCGAGCAUCCAAGUUCCCCGGCAGCGCUGCUUCGGCCCAAGUACCCCUGCGGCCUGCCGGAUUUCUCUCCAGCUUUGGCCCCAACUCGUUUAUCGGUGUCGGGGCCCGGAUCGUCCAGAACGAGGGGUUCUUUGCACUCUACAAGGGCCUUGGUGCUGUGAUGACCGGCAUCAUCCCCAAGAUUGGCAUCCGCUUCACUUCCUUUGAGCAGUACAAGCAGCUCCUGGCUGACAAGAACGGCAAGACCAACACUGGCGGCAUCUUCCUUGCUGGAUUGGGCGCUGGAAUCACCGAAUCUGUGCUGGUCGUCACUCCAAUGGAUGUCAUCAAGAUCCGCCUCCAGGCGCAGCGCAACUCCAUGAUGGACCCGCUCGACGUUCCCAAGUACAAGAAUGCCCUCCACUGUGCACUGGUGAUGAUCCGGGAAGAGGGCGUCGGCUCGUUAUACAAGGGCCUCGGCUUGACUGCUCUCCGCCAAGCCACCAACCAGGGCGUCAACUUCACUGUGUAUCAGUUCAUCAAGAAGAACCUCACCGAGAUGCAGCCCGACCGCAACGGCAACCUCCCCCAGUACCAGACCCUGCUUGCCGGCAUCGUCUCUGGUGCCUGUGGCCCGCUCUUCAACAACCCCAUCGAUACCAUCAAGACACGCAUCCAGAAGAACCCAUCCAACGAGAAGGGCUGGCAGCGCUUCGUAAACGUGACAGCGGGAAUCUAUCGAAACGAGGGCUGGCGAGCGUUUUACAAGGGUGUUAUUCCGCGGGUCCUGCGGGUUGCUCCCGGCCAAGGAAUCAGCUUCAUGGUUUACGAAAGCGCUUACCGGUGGCUUACUGAAGCCGGUGCUCUGUGGUCGACCGAGAACGUUACUGCCCUCGCUGCCUCCAAGCACUGAGUGCCUCUCCUCCUCGAUAUGUCUUGAGUGUAUUACACCUUCCUCCCUGCAUCGAUACUGUAAUUGUCUCAUAGCAUGCCUAUCCACCUUGUUCCAUUUUUGCACCAUUCGCCUUUCAGCUUUCAUUUCGCUUUGUCCCUCCCUAGCUUCCCCCUCCUCCCUCCUUCGCCGCUGUCUGGAUAUAUCGCUAUACUGCAGAUUCCAGACGCCGACCUCUUCCCGUCGCAUCUUGGCAUCAGAGCCCGUACCAUGGACCCUUCUCGCAGUUGCAUCUGCUGUAUACAGUAGCAUACCACUAUC